CCCAGCAGCAGGAAGGGCUGCUCGGUAUAAAAAAUAUUAUAUAUAUAUAUAGAAAUCUUCAACAACCCAGUGAUUUACAUACGUGGGGAUAAAUAAGAAGAGACAGACACUUAUUUUUAAUACCCAGAAGAUCUGAACUCGUGUUUAUAGCAAAGAGGGAAGAUUUAUUCGGGGAGGGGGGAGGGAAGAAAAACAAUUCACCAGGGAAAAGAAGGGAGAAGAAACGCCACCGGUGGGGAGUUAAACGCUGGACCUUCGCACACGGGGAAUUCAAACCGAAAGGAAAUCCGGUUUACCCUGAAGGAAAACAGACUCUAUCCCACGGGAGGGAAAAGAGGAAAAAAAAAAUCUCUUAAUCUACCCAAGGGAGGAAAAUAAGUGAGAAAUCGAGCAAGAGGAAAUUUACACCGUGGCACUGAGGGAGCAUAUCAGCCGGAGGAAAAGAGCGAGCAGGAGGAAUUAGAGAGAAACGAGAGGGGAGACUGAAGCCACCGCCUUACCUCGGCUCCAUUUGUUACCUUCGCAAUAUUGUUUGUGCAUUAAUUUCCUGGGAGAAGGAGGAAGGAACAGAAGCGGAGAAAAAAUACAUAAUUUGGAAAGAAAGGGAGGCCGAAGAGGAUAGUCGGUGUCUGAGGGAACUACGGGAAGCGGGCCUGCUGUAUGCCCGAUUGAUCGACUGACCGGUACCAGAGCAGCCAGGCCACCCACCCGAGAACCGCGCACAGUCGGCGAGGCGAAAGCCGCCUGGGGCGGGGCCAGGCCAGUGGAGUAGAAAUCGGCGGCGGGCCCAGCGGAGGCCGAACGGGAUUAUUACUUAAUUGACAUUUAAUUUGCCCCGUUCUUUUUCUUUCUCUCGCUUGCCCUCCAUUUUAUUAUUUGGGCGGACCCAGGGCUCGCAGGCCCAGCGCUCGCUGCUGGUGUCUGGGCGACAGGAGGGUGGCUGGCUGGGAGGAGGUGGAGGUGGAGAGCCCGGCGCUUGCUGCUCUCCCCGCUCUCCGACAUCCACGCAGCCGCCCACGCCUCCCUCGGGGGCAGCUGGAGUGAAGGCCCGGCGCUGACGGUCGGUCGGGGCCUGGCGCUAGGAAAGGGGGAGGGGGCCGGCGUCGCUCGUCCGCCCGAUCGCUCGCUCGCUUGCGUGUGUGGCCGGUGCUUGAAGGGUGGCUGUACCGCGGGAGUCCGGCGGUUGCUGCUGGCCGCUCAUCUCGCUGAUGACCAUGGGCUGCUUGGGGAACAGCAAGACCGAGGACCAGAGGAACGAGGAGAAGGCGCAACGCGAAGCCAACAAGAAGAUCGAGAAGCAACUGCAGAAGGACAAGCAGAUCUACCGGGCCACGCAUCGCUUGCUGCUGCUAGGAGCUGGUGAAUCUGGUAAAAGCACCAUCGUCAAACAGAUGCGAAUUUUACACGUCAAUGGAUUUCAUGCCGAUGAGAAAAAACGGAAAAUUCAAGAUAUUAAAAAUAAUAUUAAAGAAGCUAUAGAGACAAUAGUGGGCGCAAUGAAUACAUUGGUUCCACCAGUCCCUUUAGCCAAUCCUGAAAACCAAUUUCGAUUGGAGUACAUUCUAAACUUAGCAAAUGAGAAAAACUUUGAAUUUACACCGGAGUUCUAUGAACAUACAACCAUCCUCUGGCAGGAUGAAGGCGUGAAAGCUUGCUAUGAAAGGUCAAAUGAAUAUCAACUUAUUGACUGUGCACACUACUUUCUAGACAGGAUUGACAUAGUCAGACAAAGUGACUACAUACCUCCAGACCAGGACCUUCUACGAUGCAGAGUAUUGACAUCGGGAAUUUUUGAAACCAGAUUUCAAGUUGAAAAAGUAAACUUUCACAUGUUUGAUGUUGGAGGGCAACGUGACGAGCGCAGAAAAUGGAUUCAGUGCUUCAAUGAUGUCACUGCUAUCAUAUUUGUGGUGGCUAGCAGUAGCUAUAACAUGGUUAUAAGAGAGGACAAUCAGACCAAUCGCCUCCAAGAAGCUCUCAAUCUGUUCAAAAGCAUCUGGAACAACAGGUGGCUGCGGACCAUUUCUGUAAUUCUCUUCCUCAAUAAGCAGGAUUUGCUGGCAGAGAAAGUGCUGGCAGGGAAAUCUAAAAUAGAGGACUACUUUCCUGAGUAUGCUCGCUACACUACACCAGAUGAUGCCUCACCGGAACCGGAUGAAGAUCCAAGGGUCACAAGGGCCAAGUACUUCAUAAGAGAUGAGUUCCUGAGAAUCAGCACAGCAAGCGGUGAUGGAAGGCAUUACUGCUAUCCUCAUUUCACAUGUGCAGUGGAUACUGAGAAUAUCCGCAGGGUGUUUAAUGACUGUCGGGACAUUAUUCAACGUAUGCACCUUCGUCAGUAUGAGUUAUUGUGAUGGCAAGCACUUGUCUCUGUGUCUUGGACUCUUUAUUUCUCAUUUGACUUGCCCACACAGGGUGGAAGAGAACUGGUGCAGUCUCUCUUUGAAUGCACCCCUCCACUUUUGUCCCUGCUGGCCUCUGUCCCUUGGACAGUAUAAGGUGGCAUCACCUAAAUGGCCAUGUCUGUGUGGGUUUCCCUACUACUUUAAUGAAACCCCAAAAGCCCUAAACAAGGAGUACUUGAAGGAUUUUAAAACAACAAAUAAAAUCUACACACAAUUUGGGAAACGACUUUUCCAAGGUAAUCAGCGCUGUUGUGGGCUCACAUAAACCCAUAAUAUCAAACAUGUAUCCAUUCACAGCAACAAGAAAUGUGAAGGUACCAAGUCCACGAUGAAGACUAGACCUACUGUGAUGUUAACCAGGUCUGACAAGGUGUGGAACGGAGAUGCUGAAUUCCUACAGAUUUGAACAGUGCAAAAAAAAAGAAA